AUGAAUUCCUCAUCUGAUGUUAAUGUGUCCAGUAGUUACAUUAACAGAGACUCUGCAAGCACGGCGGUGGCCAAAAAUGUGAUUGUUGUGGCUCUCGGUAUCAUCAUCAACUACAUCAAUGGCACCCUGAUACACACCUUCAGGAAACACCAGAUAUUUUGUGUGAAUCCUCGAUACAUCCUGUUCAUCCACCUGGUGAUAAACGACAUGAUCCAGCUCACAACAACCAUCAGCCUCUUUGUCUACAGUUACAUCUUCUAUAAAAUCAAUGCUUUCUUCUGUUGUUUAAUCUUGAUAUUCGCCAUCUUCACCACUUUCAACACUCCGCUUAACCUGGCUGCCAUGGCCAUGGAGUGUUACAUCGCUGUCUGCUUCCCUCUGCGACACUCUGAGUUGUGCACCAUCAAACGGACAUACAUCCUGAUCGGGUGUAUUUGGGCCAUGAGUGCUUUAUCCAUAUUUACAGACGUCUUUAUUGCUGUGGCAACAGAGCCUUUACGUUUAAUCUAUGCAACAGUUUACUGUGAGAGGGAUAAUCUUUUCCGGCAUUCGUUCAGCAUACAAAAGAGGGAGAUUUCCUACGUGAUUUGUCUGGUUGUUGUUUGGCUCAGUCUCUUCUACAGUUACUUCAAUAUUAUUUGUGCUGCUAAAACUGCAAGAGUCGCAAAAUCAACAAGUGGAAACAUGUCAAAUACCAGGAACACCGUCCUGCUUCAUGGCUUCCAGCUCCUGCUCUGCAUGCUCAACUAUGUGUCCCAUAUAAUGAUCAGUGCGUAUGUGUCCUGGUUUCCCAGACAUUUUCGACAAGUUCUGUUUUUUCAUUACAUCACCAUCCAGAUCUUCCCCAGAUUCAUCAGCCCCAUUGUGUACGGGCUGCGAGACAAGACUUUUAAACAGUAUUUAAAACAGUAUCUGGUGUUUACGGUGAGUGCACGACACAAGCAAUAG